AUGGAAGAUCAGCUGUCACUGGCUUCCAUUCAUUACAUGCGCAUGCACUAUAUGGAAGCAAUUGAGAUCUAUAAAACUAUUUUACAGGAGCAUACGAAUCUGAUCGCCCUCAAUGUCUACAUGGCGAUGUGCUACUAUAAAAUGGAUUACUUCGACGUGGCUCAGAACACUAUGGAAGAUCAGCUGUCACUGGCUUCCAUUCAUUACAUGCGCAUGCACUAUAUGGAAGCAAUUGAGAUCUAUAAAACUAUUUUACAGGAGCAUACGAAUCUGAUCGCCCUCAAUGUCUACAUGGCGAUGUGCUACUAUAAAAUGGAUUACUUCGACGUGGCUCAGGAGGUGCUCAGCGUGUAUCUUCGCACGUACUCGGACAGUCCAGUUGCCCUUAAUCUCAAAGCCUGCAUCACCUUCAAAACCUACAACGGGAAAGCAGCACUGCCAGAAGUUGAAGUACUACAGCGAGUCAACCUAUACCCGGCAGCUCGCGAACUUCUUCGCCACAAUCAGGUGGUGUUUCGCGAUGGUGAUGGAGCAUUGCAGGUGUUCCCCGGUUUAAUGGACACAUUACCAGAGGCGAGGGUGAAUCUGAUACUCUAUCACCUAAAAAGGGAAGACAUAGAAAGUGCCAUGACAUUAUGUAACGACCUGGAACCACAAUCAACUACGGAGUUCCUUGUGAAAGCUGUGGUUUUCGCUUACUGGGGACAACAAAAGGAGUCUAAAGAUCACUUGAAGACCGCCGAACAGUUCUUCAAAAUGGUAGGAGAAUCUCCAUACGAUGCAGGUAACUUGUAG